CCUUUGUGUCCAAAGGAGCUCUGGCACUUUGUCCACCAGUGUUAUGGGAACGAGCUGGGUCUGACCAGUGAUGAUGAAGAUUAUGUGCCUCCUGAUGAUGACUUCAACACAAUGGGCUACUGUGAAGAAAUCCCUGUGGAAGAGAAUGAAGUAAAUGACAGCUCCUCCAAGAGCAGCAUGGAGGCCAAGCCAGAAGCUAGUCCUCAGCUGCCAAAGAAAUCUGUCACUGCCAGCACACUGACAUCCACGGGGAGCAGUGAAGCACCACCCUCGUUCGAUGGAGUGCUCCCAGAAGAGGAGGAGGCAGUGGCAGAGAGUCCUGUGGAGAAAGACCUUGGCAUUGCAAAUAUCAUGGGAGAGAAGAUUGACAUCAUAGGCCCUGUGAACUCCCCUUCCCUGGACUUCAACGACAACGAGGACAUUCCCACUGAGCUCAGUGACUCGUCAGACACCCAUGAUGAAGGGGAAGUCCAGGCCUUCUAUGAGGACCUGAAUGGCCGUCAGUAUGUGAAUGAGGUGUUCAACUUCAGCGUGGACAAGCUGUAUGACCUGCUCUUCACUGACUCCCAGUUCCAGAGGGACUUCAUGGAGCAGCGUCGCUUCUCUGAUAUUAUCUUUCACCCCUGGAAGAAGGAAGAAAAUGGCAAUCAGACCAGAGUGAUCUUGUACACCAUUACCCUCACCAACCCUCUGGCCCCCAAAACUGCCACAGUCACUGAGACACAGACAAUGUACAAAGCCAGCCAAGAAAGCGAGUGCUAUGUCAUAGAUGCAGAGGUGCUAACUCACGACGUCCCCUACCAUGAUUAUUUCUACACCAUUAACCGCUACACGUUGACUCGUGUUGCCAGAAACAAAAGCCGACUCAGGGUUUCCACAGAGUUACGUUACAGGAAACAGCCUUGGGGGCUGGUGAAAUCCUUCAUUGAGAAGAAUUUUUGGAGUGGCCUGGAAGAUUAUUUCCGUCAUUUGGAGAGUGAACUGACCAAAACUGAGAGCACAUACCUGGCUGAGGUGCACAGACAAUCCCCCAAAGAGAAGGUGAGCAAACAAUCGACCGUGCGCCGGAGGAAACGGGCACAUGCCCACCUGAGGGUGCCACACCUGGAGGAGGUGCUGAGCCCUGUCACCACCCCCACGGAUGAGGAUGUGGCACAUCGAAUCAAGCACGUGGCAGGUUCCACUCAGACAAGGCACAUCCCUGAGGAGAGCCCCAGUGGCUUCCACCUGCAGAGUGUCUCCAAGCUGCUCCUUGUCAUCAGUUUUGUUCUGGUGCUGCUGGUCAUUCUCAACAUGAUGCUGUUCUACAAACUCUGGAUGUUGGAAUAUACUACACAGACGCUCACAGCAUGGCAGGGCUUGAGGCUGCAGGAGAGGUUACCCCAGUCUCAGACAGAGUGGGCCCAGUUACUGGAGUCCCAGCAGAAGUAUCAUGACUCAGAGCUACAGAAGUGGCGUGAGAUCAUCAAAUCCUCCGUGAUGCUCCUGGACCAGAUGAAGGAUUCACUAAUAAAUCUCCAGAAUGGCAUCGGGUCCAGGGACUUCGGGUCAGAUCCAGAGGAGAAA